AUGCUCCGGGACGAGCUCCUUAGGUCUAAGAAAGAUGAGAUCUCACGUUGCUUGUUGUCGCGGAAGCGCAAAUUGAGUGAGCUUUACUAUGCGACCGUGGGCGUCGCGACCGCGACCGAGUCCGCGGUCUCCCCGUCCGUAUACCAUCAAAAGGAACAGGCCUUUUUGGACGCCAACGAUCUCCAAAAAGGUCGCUACUUCAAUGAUGCCUCUCUGCCACCACUGCCCACCUAUCUGGUCUCGCCCCCCAAGGAGGAGAGCGCCUCGGCGGUCGAAUCCGCCGCCAAAGCUCAAGAUGCUGCCCCAAUUAGUCCCCCAUUGGCGGUAGACACGGCCCAUGCCUCUCCCGCUGGCGUGGACGGGCAGAGACCAGCGGUGCAGGUGCCCCCGGGCUCAUCGCCGGCGGGAAAGCCAGAGGUUGGAGCCCCCCCAAACUGGCGCUUGGGGUCGACAAUCCCGUGUCCGUCGGGGGAGCAGAAGUCCAUCCCCUCCGUCCCGGAAACCCCCAGGAGUAGCCAGGGCCAGGACUGGGCCGACCUUGCGGGCUCGCCCGGGCAGACGAAGCCCCCCCCCGCCGGGGUCGUUGCGUCAGACCUGACUCCCGGUCAGAAGAAGCAGGAUAUGCGCCCAUCGCUCGUCCUGGGACGGGCGGUCCAGGGACCCGACCAGCCCUUGUCGCCCGUCUCGUCGGCCGGUCCUUAUUCCAACAACACCCCGGUUCCCGUCGCGGCGUCCCCGGAUACCAGUCCGGUAGAGGAGGGCGCCGAUGCUGCGAGGAAGUCGGCGCCGACCCCAAAGCCCGAGGAACCAAUCCAAGUCCCGCCCGGGUUGGUCCCCUCGACGCCGGAUGAGCAACUGCAGCUGGAGGCCGCGCAGUCCCUGCAGCACCGCACGCUGACGGCCAGCAACACCAUUGGGGACGCGGCGGCAACCGCCGCGACCGCCGCCGCCGACGCGGCCCCGCCCCUGGAGCCCAAGACGUCCGACGGCGUGGUGCCCACCCCCGAGGAAUCCAAGAGACCCCCGGCCCCAGACGCGCGGGACACGGUCCCGUCGGCGGUCAAGACAGAGCAGCAGCCCCCGGCGCCAGCCCCGGAGAUCCCCACGCAGAAGAAGGCCACACCGCCCGGAUCCAUCCCCACCGAGCGGAUGACCACCCGGGUGUCCUCGGGCGCGAUCCGGCACAAAUCGAUCUCGGAGAUCCUUGGAGAAAGCCCCCGGCAGACCUCCCCACACGGGGACAAGCCGACCGUCAUGUCGCCGUCCCCGUCGGCCUCGGCGCCCGACUCGCCGGCCAAGAUGCGGUUCAAGGACCGGAAGGCGCGCGAAAAGGACCGCAGCAAGCUCUCGGCCGUCGUCUUCCCGAAGCAGCCGCCGCCCGAGAAGGCGGACUCGGUGGAACUGGUGCACCAGCAGGCUGGUGACGUUGCGCGCCUGAACGAGGAGCACGAUUAUCUGUUCACCCUGUUCCAGAACAAAGCCUGUUCCCCGCCGCGCGGGACCCAUCUGAGCACGCUGCUGGCGUCGGCUCACAAGACGCUGACCACGGCCAACCACCUGCUGGAGUACCAGGAGCAGAUGGAUUGCCGUACGCUGCGGCGCAUCUACUCGCUCCAGAAUGCCAACCGGUGGCCGUUGCGCCAGUUGAAGCGGUCGCUCGAGCCCCCCCGCCAGGCCACGCACUGGGACGCCCUGCUGGACCACAUGAAGUGGAUGCGCACCGAUUUCCGGGAGGAGCGCAAGUGGAAGAUCGCCGCCGCCAAGAGUUGCGCGGAAUGGUGCGCCGAGUAUGUGCACAGCGACCCGGAGCACCGGGCCCUGCUGCGCGUGCCGGUCCGCACGCCGUCCCCGCCGGCGCCGGCGCGGAAGAAGACGGAGCCCCAUGCGAACAUGAUGUCGCCCCCGGAGGAGACUAGCGACGAGAUGAUGCCGGGGGUCAUUUCCCAUGCGACGCCCGACCUGGUGCCCUCGACCGAGGAGGACUCGGUCAGCGACGGGUACCAUGAGGAGCUCCGUCCCGACCUGGGGGACACCGUGGCUCCCGCGGCGAUCUUCUCUCUCGGCUCGGAUGAAUUCACCUUCUCGCUUGACAUGACCCCGGCCGCGCAGAAGCUCUUGGACGAGUUGCCCAUCUACGAGCCCGUCCAGCUUGCCCCGGAGACCAACCUCCCCGCCUUCAAGCAGCCGCCGGAUGCGGUGUGGAAGACGGAGAUCCUCCCCGUCUCCAAAUAUGCGGCCGGCAAGAUCACGUUCCACGACAACGAACCGCCGCGGAAGCGCAGCCGGUACGACUAUUCGUCCUAUCAAAAUGGGCCUGAGCACCGGUUGAUCGACCUGCCGGCCGAGCAGACCAACGUGGCCCUGUUUCGACCCGAGAACAAGCACAUUCGCGACCGGAUCCAUCCGGGACACUCCUUCCGACCUCCUACCGAAUACCCUAUGCCCUCGGUGGGAUUCUUCGAGUCGCGGCAGUCAUCCCAGUGGACGUACGGGGAAGAUGACGAGCUCCGUCGUCUCGUUAAGGAUUAUUCCUACAAUUGGUCUCUCAUCUCCAGUUGCCUCUCCCCCGCCUCGCAGUUCACGUCGGGCGCGGAGCGACGGACCCCCUGGGAAUGCUUUGAACGCUGGAUCAGCCUUGAAGGACUCCCUGCUGAUAUGUCCAAGACCCAAUAUUUCCGAGCAUACCACCAGCGACUUGAGACGGCCCAACGUACCGUGCUGGCCCAACAGCAGCAGCAGCAACAACAACAGCAACAACAGCAGCAGCAACAGCAACAGCAGCAGCAACAGCAACAGCAAGGGCAGCAGCAAACGCCGCAGCAGCAAGCGCAGCAAGGCACCAACAACGCCCAGUCCCUCCCACCGGUCCGUCGACGAACGACGCAGCCGGUCCGUGUGGAUCGCAAGAGGGCCUCCAAGCAUCUGGCGUUGCUCGAUGCCAUGCGGAAACUGGCUAAGAAGCGUGAGACUAUGCUUCAGAAACAACAGCAUGCUUCCCACCUGGCGUCCCUGAGAAAGGUCAACGAGACUAACCAGCCCAAACCGCCCAUCUCCACCCCCGCUGAAUUCAGCCGCAUGAAGUACGAACGCGAGCUGAAGCUGCAGGAGCGGCAAGAGCAGUACCGGCAGCAGAUGAUCGCGCAGCAACGAGCCAAUCUUGCCGCGCAACGUGCCGGUCAACUGCCCAACCAGCAGCAGGCGGUCAUGAAUGCCCCGCCCGGACGGAUUCCGAACGGGUUGCCUCACUCCUCGGGAACUCCCGGUCUUCCCGGCAACAACCCCAAUGGGAUGCCCAACGGAUUGCCCAAUGGGAUGCCGCCGGGGGUUGGUGUGAACCAGAGCCGCCCUCAGCUGCAAGGGAUGCCUGGACCGACCAGUGGGCCCAUGGGAACAGCGCAGAUGUCGAUGAAGGUGAUGCCUCAUUCCGGGAUGCAGCAGAAUCCGGGGGCGCGGCCUCCGGCAAUGCCCAUGCAGACGUCUCCCGACAACGCUCGGAUCAUCCGGGAAGCCAACCGUCUGCAAGAGCAACAGCGGAUGUUGCAAUCCCGGCAACAGCAGCAGCAACACACGCACCACCAGCCACACCAGCCGCAGCCGCAGCAGUCGCAGCCGCACCAGCACCAUCAGCAACACCAGCCAUCGCAGACCCCGGCCCAGCCGGCGCAACCUCCGUUCCACAACCAGCAGCAAUUUGUCCCCCAGGGAUCGCAUUCGCCGAACUUGAACAUGUCAAAUGUGAGCAACAGCCCCAACACGCCCGCCAUGAUGGCGGCUCUCCAGGCGAGCGGGGGCAUGCAGAGCCCGUCGUUCCACCACUCGACGCCGCAAAGCGUGUCCACGCCGUCGCCUCGCAUGGGCCAACCGAACCUGUUGUCGAACGGGGUGGUGCCGCAGAUCAGCAACAUCCAGAACCAGAUCCAGCGCAACAACCCCAACAUGCCCCCGGAACAGGUGACCAAGCUGGCGACGGACCGGCUGCACCAAUACCAGCAGCAGCGCAUGUCGCAGGUGGCCAUGACCGCCGCCGCGGGCAACCUGGGUGGGGUUCAGGCCAACUAUCAGAUUCCGCACGAUGGGAACUUCCAGUCCCCUCCGCCCGGGAUCAACGGUGGCCCGGGGAUGCAAGUGCCUCCCGCGCAAGGAUUCUCCCCGAUGAUGCGCGUGCCCCAGCCGACACCGCAAAAUCGGGCGGGCGUGACGAGUUCUCCGGCCGUGAACGGCGCCGUCCCUCAACCGAGCCGGAGUGCGACGCCACAAACUCAACGCAGUGGGAGUGCUCAAGCUGGGCAGAUGCCGGGGUCGAGCAAGAGCCCCAAUCCGCCCAAGGCUCAGACUGCUGCGGGGAGCUGA